ACCGAGCAAAAAGCAAUUAUCUUUCAUUGUUCUACUGAUAACCACCUCAUCCAGAUCAUUUUGAAUUUCGCAGGUGAACCAUUCUCUCCUCCAAGAAAGAUUCGAGUGCCAAGUCAUGUCCCUCUGAGUAAUGUUUUUGUUAAGUGACAGGGAAGUAGUAAUGUUUUGGAAUUGUUUUGGCAACACAAAUUCAUCUCGGAGAAACUAUCCAAUAGUAAUUGGAGAGCUCUGCCGUCAAUUUUCUCUCGCGGAUCUUCGGAAAUCAACCAAUAACUUCCAUCAAAACAGAGAAAUUGGAAGUGGAGGAUAUGGUAAAUUAUACAAAGGAUAUCUUCAACACAAUGAUAAAGAUGCUUCUGAUUACGCAGUUGCAGUGAAGCGAUUCAAAGUGGAAGGAUGGGAAGAGUUCAAGACUGAAUUAGAGUUGCUCUGCCAGCUUCGUCACCCUAAUUUCAUCUCUCUUAUAGGAUUCUGCAACCAUGAAAAUGACAAGAUUAUUGUGUAUGAGUACAUGCCCAACGGAUCUCUCUAUGAAUGCCUACAACGUGGGGAACUGUCAUGGAAGAAAAGGCUAGAGAUCUGCAUUGGAGUAGCACGUGGACUACACUACCUUCACGCCGGAGCCAAACGCACCAUCAUUCACCGUUACAUCAACCCUAACAACAUUCUUUUGGAUCACAACAUGCACCCAAAACUCGCAGGUUUUGGCCUUGGCGUAAAGGGAGCACAUUUUACAUCAAGGCCCAAACCAAUUCAAUUAGAGAAUGUUAAAGGUACUAUUGGCUACAUAGCCCCUGAGCAUCUCAAGGAUGGUACCCUCACAGAUAAAUGUGAUGUUUACUCAUUUGGAGUGAUUCUACUGGAAGUGGCGUGGGGAAGAACACUUUUCGACAUGACAAGUAGUGGAAAUUAUCUGGAGAAGCCUGUUGAGGAGGAUAUUGAUCCGAAUAUCAAAGGACAGAUUGCAACAAAGUGUUGGCAAGUCUUUAUAGAUAUCACCCAAAGAUGCUUGAAGCAUGAAGCAGAUGAGCGACCAACAAUGGGUGAAGUAGAUUUGGAACUUGGACAUGCUUUGUUAUUGCAGGAACAAGCAGAUAUCUCAAACACUGAUGGUGAAUAUAUCUUAUUGUCCAAAACCAUUAUUAACCAAUGCAAGGAUUAGGAAGAUAUCAUAGAGAAAGAUAGUUAUGGAAUGUUAGAAGACGUCAGUGACUUAGAGAACAUGUUACAGGGGUAAAUUGGUGAGCUCAAAUCAAGAGUUUUAGCUUUCUGAGUAAGUGUAUACUUUUUGGUAGUUAUGUUUAAUUGAGAUAUCUCAAGCUUUUGUACCAAUUCUCGUUUGUAGCAUUUUGAUUGUAUCUCAUGUUGUCAUUGUAUUUUUCUUGAACUAGUAAUCUAGUAUAAAUUUGAAAGCAAUAACGGAA